AGAGCUGCCUUUCAGUGCUGCCUAUUAGUGCCAGUCAGUGCUGACUAUCAGUGCCAUCAGUGCUGCCUAUCAGUGCCAGUCGGUGCCAUCUAUCAUUAUCAGUCAGUGACACCUAUCAGUGCUGUCCAUCAGUGCUGCCCAUCAGUGCCGCCUAACAGUUCCAAUCAGUGCCGCCUAUCAGUGCCAUAUAUGAGUGCCUCCUUUUAAUGCCCAUCAGUGAUGCCUAUCAAUGCCCACCAGUGAUGCCUUACAAUGCCCAUCAGUG